AUGUUCGAACAAUACUUUCUUUUCAACUGUGUAUCCAUGCUUCGAGACCAUGCAGUGCCUGUGGCUUUUGCUUUUGAAAGCGAAUUCUUUUCUGUCUUGGCUGAUUUUGUCAAGGCUUGCAAGGGAAAUGUUCGUGGGUUACCCACAGAAACGAUAGCCGGGUGGGUUCCCAUGAUUGUUGAUGGAGCAUUCGUGACAUCACAAACUCAAUUUGAUAAUACAUGGUCCACCGACAGAACAUUCAAAAAGCUGGAAGCAAGUGGUAUUCUCUCUGAAUGUCUGCGCUGCAUGGCAGUGCCGCAAGAACAGGCAUCCGUCGACGCUCGAGACGAAAUAGUGGAUAGAAUCGUGACAGCCAUUGUGUCUUGUCCUUCACUGCUACGAAAAAAGUUCAAGGAAGCUUGCCUACAGGGUAUUGUCCAGUCCUUACGAUCACUUGAUGCCGCUGGUACAAAGACAUCCGUCAUAGAGUACAAUUUGCAUCGGUGUGCUUACUGUAGACAAGGGUCGGAAACGCCGCUAAUGAUGUGUGGACGUUGCAAGAGCUACAGCUACUGCUCCAAGGAGUGUCAAAGAGCUCAUUGGAAGAAGCACAAGGAAGGCUGUAUUCCCAUUUCAACAAAGGACAAGAAGAAAGAAGAGAUUGCAAAUGCGAUGGUGGCACAGUUUGUCAACAAAAAUAACAUCCGCUUGAAGUCGAAGAUGGCCGAAGAGUGUCGAAAGAAAGGCUUGAGACCACAUAACAUGGUGAUAGAGCUGGACUUUAUGCCUAACAACGAUGGUAUCAUUCCAGCUAUGAGUGAUUCGCCUGGUAAUUUCACCAUCACACCUGUUCGGAAGAUCGUCAAUACAAAGCAUCCAUGGCUAUCGCAGCUAAACAAGGAGUUGUGUGAUUAUGCUAUCGAUCGUCUGCAUGCGCACGAAUCCAGAAAGCAAAAGCUUCCAGUUGAAAUGCGUUUGGCUAUUUACCGCUAUGCUGGAGGUGUGGGCUGUACCGACAUUGCUUUUGAGGUGAAAUCCUAG